AAAAAAAAAAAAAAAAAAAAAGGCCGUUAAAAGAUUCUAUAAUGCAAUUACCAAUUGACUAAUUGAGUAAGCAGGCGUUCAAAAAUCAGUGAAAAAUUCGAAGCUAUAGCGGAGUUCGAAGCGAAAAAGCAAGGGACUUUCCAUUUCUCAUCGAUUUUUCAGCUUCAGGCCACUCAAACAGCCAAAGUCUUUGUUCAUCACCAUGGAAGUAAAAGCAGGAGGAGGAGGAGGAAGCAAAUCACCAAAGAAGCCCAAAUUGGAGAAAAACGUAAAUUUGGCCAUUAUUGACGUUGAAGAAGACGAUCAUAAUCUGUUCCGCUUCAAACCCAUCAUCGAAAAGGGUACCAACAAGUUCAACGCGAUCUCUGUCGAGCAUUACUCCAAAUACAGAGACCUCCACCUCGCAAAUUUCAUCGAUCUCUGCCACGAAAACCUCGACGACGAACUUCAAUUCCUUUCAUUCAAACCCGUCAAUACCCAAUUUGGGAAAAAGCGAGAGAAACCCUUUUCGAAUCCUUCGAUUAGCGAAACUGGGCAGUCUUCCAAUUCCAAGAUCAACGACCCUACUUUCGUCUGCGAAAUCUGUGUCGAACCCAAAUCAGCGAACGAAUCGUUCGCCAUCAAAGGCUGCACCCAUUCUUACUGUACGGACUGCGUGACCAAGUACGUGGCGUCCAAGCUCCAGGAAAACAUCCCGAGAAUUGGGUGUCCGGUUUCGGGUUGCGGAGGCUAUCUGGAGCCGGAGUAUUGCCGGCCGAUUCUCCCGCCGGACGUGUUCGAUCGGUGGGGAAUCACUUUGUGUGAGGCUGCGAUUGUUGGCUCACGGAAAUUCUACUGCCCAUAUAAGGAUUGCUCGAUGAUGAUGAUUGAUGAUGGGAAAGAGGUUUUGAUGGAAUGCGAGUGUUUUAAUUGCAGGAGAUUGUUCUGUGCUCAGUGCAAGGUUCCAUGGCAUACAGGGAUUGUGUGCUCUGAGUUUCAGAAGCUGAAUAAGAAUGAGAGAGAGAGGGAAGAUAUAAUGUUGAUGAAUCUCGCGCGGAACAAGCAUUGGAGAAGGUGUCCAAAUUGCAAAAUCUACGUUGAGAGAACAGACGGUUGCCUAUUUAUGCAAUGCAGGUGUGGAACUGCUUUCUGCUACAACUGUGGAAAUAUUUAUACGCAAAAAACAUACCAUUAUUGCACGAAAUGUCAGCGCUAAUUAUCUGUCGAGUGCCAAUUGAUAAAGAUAAAUUUUGUUAACUCUGUGGCUUAUACUCGGCAAUAUGUUUAUAAACUGCAAAAUUAUGAAUGCUUCUGGGCAUACGAAAUAAAUUUUUGAUGUUGACCAUAUUUAUUAUUAUUAUUAUUUGUUUUAAAUUUUUUCGGUUGAAGUAGAAAA